AUGGUAACCGGGCUGCCCGUCUUUCUCUCGAUCGUGUUCGCGGUCAAUGUCUGGGUCUUGGGCCAUCAAAGCGGCGCCAUCGAUUUCGGCUACCAUCCGAGUGCCGAGGAGUUCGACAGCCUAGUGCGCCACAGCUGGGGUCGCGAUCUCCUCCAGCGUCGCGUCCCAGACCGCCGCUUCGUGCCGCGCUACCAGCACCAGACCUCCAUUCGCUUCGCAGCGCCCGAGCUGGACUUCCAGCUGUUCGACCAGGAUCCCGACCAGGAUCACCAGCACUCGCAGCCGUACGUCUUUGAGUCCGUGGAGGACACUCAGCCGGGAUCCUCCGUUUCCGACCAGUUCCAUGUGCAGAGCGAACUGCUGGAGAUCAAGGAGCCGAGUCCCAGGCCCAAACCAAAGCCACAAGCCCUAGGCAGCCACAACGCCAACGGCACCACAUUUCCCAUAUACUUCACCCACCCAACCACCGGGAUUGUGUACGCCAUCAGCCAGGUGGGAGUGGGUCAAAGUCCAAGUGUUGCACCCACCCAGAGUCGCAACGAUAGCAACUCGAUUGCCAUUUACGUGACCAAGGCGCAAUACGAUGCCGAUCUGGAGAGUCUGCGAAGGCAGUACGAGCAGCAUUGCCAGUCCAUACCGCCUGGCACGGUCAUAUCCACUCUGAACCCAGUGCACAAUGGAGGCACCACCGCGAGGCCUCAGAUCAUACGGCUAAAGAAGCCCCAGAGCCCGGGGGCCAAGCCCAGCAACAAGCUACCCAGGCCCAGUCAUCGACCACCGCCGGUGAUGGUCACCAGUGGACCCAUCGAUCACGUCAGCGAUCAGCUGCUGAAGCUGCCCCACCGCGGCAGCAGCACCACCACCAGCACCACCACUUCAAGGCCAAACACGCGCCGAAAGAAGCGCAAGAAGAAACCAAAGAACAAGACUAAGGUGACCAAAAAGAGGCCGGGUUACGGGGCUAAUAGUACCCGGAGUCCCCAGGGUGCCCUGCCCAUCAUCUUGGGCAAGAGGCCCAGCACCACCAGCACCACCACGCGACCACCGCCGGCUUACACGCAGUUGGAGAAGCCACAUAUGCCACAGGCCACGUUGCCCACCUCCAAUGUCUUCAGCCAGCAUCUGCUUAGAACUGGCGAGGAGCCACCGGAAGAAAGUGUUUCACUGGGAGAACAGGAACCCCACGAGGUGGUCGAACCACUAGGUCUCAGAAGACGGCGCUCGCUGGCGGAUGCGGCGGGGAGAAUUGAGGAGGUAGAGGGUGGCAAUGGAGCAGAACUAGUGGAACCACUCAAUCUGAGAAGACCAUCUUCUUUAAAGGCACUGACCAAAACCAAGGUGCUAAAAAGUAUUCUUAAAAGGUCAAGAAAGAGAAGAGAAAUAGGAGGAUCAUCUAGCUCUAGACGACAAGGUUCUGAGAAGAAUGUAGAAACAAAAGAGUCACCAGAAGGAAGUGAUGGUACUGGAAUUCUUCACCCUAGACAUCGUCGCUCUUUGGAUAAGCCUUAUAGUGGAACUAGUGGAUCUACAAAAGGAUCGCAGAAGGUACUAUCAAAAAAGGCCCAAAACCUAAUAUCAACAGGGUCCCCAAAGGAAGUAGCAGCGCGACGAGUGAGUACGCCUAGAAGACGCUCUCCCAAGGGAAGCUCCAGGAAAAGAAAGACCAAACAGCAGCCACCGCAGACCAGCCCACAGAAGGACACGAGCUCAGGAGGUGGGGUCCACUUGCCCAUCGCUCUGCAUCUGCUCCACAGAAAUCACAGCCAGGAUGAAGCCCCCAAAGUAAACCUAAGUACCAACCAGAAAAUCAAAAACAAAACUAUAACUAAAUCAAAAACUAAAACUAAAACAAAAGAACGCAAGCGUGGGAGACCCGAGCUGCCCAGCUUUGACAUAUUCGAGCUGAUGUCGGAUGGGGACUACGAGGAUGAGGAGGAGGAGGACGACGAUGACUACUAUUUCGAGGAUGGGGAGAAGAACCAGGACGGGCCAGUCAGCACGGAGGCCCAGAGUGAUCUCAAGGAGGAUAGCAGUUCCGCGGAGGAAGGCGCUGAUUUCGGGGCGAUGGUUGAGGAGGAAACCACGACCACAGCGACCAUAUCGAGCAGUGAGGAGGAGGAGGAGGAUGCCACCUCGAGCACCAAGAACUCCAUGGCCAAGAAGAAGAUUCGCAUCAGGAGGCGGCCAGUGGACUCAGAUGAGGAUUACGACGACGACGAGGACUCCGGCAUAGGCGGCUUCUUUCGCAUGAUCUUCUACCCCGUCCAGUUGGCCAUGUCGCGACUCAUGGAUGGCUUCGGCAGUCCCGAUGACGAGGACGACAAGGAGCCAGCCAGUCCACCCGUUUCGAAGUACCCCAGCUACACCCUCUAUCACAGUGCCCACAGCAACGAGGCCUAUGCCGAGCCGGAGGACGAGGACGCGGAGGAGGACGAGGGCGAAGACUCCUCCUCGCUGGGCAGCUGGUUUGGCUCCUGGUUUGGCCUGCAGCGACGCACCAAGAAGAUCGGCAGCACCACGACCACCACCACGGUGCCAGUGCCCCUGCCACCACCCACCAAGGAGCCACCCGGCUGGCUGGGGUCCUGGUUCGGAUUCGGGGGGACCACCACGGAGGCGGACGCCGAGGACGACUAUGACAAAUGGUUUUCCAGCUGGUUCGAUUCGGGGCCGAAGCGAAAGGUCAGGCGUCGUUCCACCACCUCCACGUCGACCACCUCAACCACAACGACCACCCACACCCCGUCGGCGGCGGCCCAGGUGCCCAUCCUGACCAUUGUGGACCCGCUGAGGAAUCCACAGAACUGGAUCGGCAUACUGGCGCACCACAUUGUCAACUCCACUGGCAGUGCCAUUUCCACAACCACCAGCAAUCCGCUGCUCCAGGCGCUGGCCACUCGGAUGACCACCAGGGGAACCACUAGCACCUCAACCACCACAUCCCGACCGGAGGCUCCCAGGCGCAUCAGCUAUGACAAGUACCAGAUUUGGAGGCUGAAGCCGCAGGAUGAGGAGCAGGUGCGCGCGCUGGAGGAGUUCAAGAAGGGCGAGGACGGGGUCAAGAUGCACUGGCUCAAGGGACCCAGUCUCAGAGGACUCACAGACGUCUUAGUGCCGCCCAAGAUGCUCGUAGACUUCCAGGGCACCCUGAACUACGAGAACAUAGCCCACGAAGUGCUCAUCUUUGAUGUGGGCAAAGCCAUCGCCUAUGAGCUGACCAAAGAGGAUUAUCUCCACACCACCCGUCCCUCAAAGCCGCGACCCACUGUACCGCCGCCCAUGACCUGGAAUCGGUACCACAACCACGACGAGAUCGUCAAGUACCUGGAGACGGUGCGUAUGCGUCACCCACAACUGGUAGAGCUCAUCCACAUCGGCCGCUCCUACGAGGGCCGUCCCCUGAUUGUGGUGAAGAUCGAGUCCAAGCAAUCGGCGGCAAUGGCGAAUAGCGACGGUCUCCACACCAUAAAGCGGCCCAAGCGGAAGCGGAAGUCGGGCCAGGCUAACGCCGUGUUCGUCGAGGCCGGAGCUCAGGGUCUGGCUUGGAUCGGACCUGCGACGGCCACCUGGAUGAUAGCCGAGCUGCUGCGACUGAUGAAGACAAACAAGACCAACGAGGACGUGGAGUUCAUACGGAACACGACGUGGUACGUAAUGCCGGUUCUGAAUCCGGACGGAUAUGCGUACAGCCACGAGUACGAUCGGUUCUGGAAGAAGUCGCGAUCGCAGCACCAGGCUCCGCCGCCCAGUGGGCUCCUCGACUCGGCGAUGACCUGGCUCCAGCAGAAACGGGGUCCCGACAAGGUCUGCUACGGCGUGGACCUGGACAGGAACUGGCUGUACCACUGGGGCAAGCGGGGCAGCUCCAAGGCGCCCUGCAACGAGUUCUACGCGGGUCCUGCGCCGUUUUCCGAACCGGAGACCAAGGCUGUCUCUGAGUUCCUCAUGGACUACCGAACGCAGAUUAAGCUGUACAUAUCCCUGCAGGCCUAUGGCCAGGUGAUUUCCUACCCGGUCAAGGCGAACUCCACAUUCAAUUCAGAAAGAUUGGACGAUUUUCUGGAUGUGGCAAUGGUGGGCACUGACGGAUUGCGCAAGAAGGGCAGUAAAUCCCGAUAUAAGGUCGACGCAUCCAACGAUCUGAUUGAGCAGCGUUCGGGCUGUGCGGAUGCCUUUGCCGCCUACGAAAUCGGAAUUCCCUUCAGCUACACGCUCCAGCUGGCGGACAACGGGGUCCACGGCUAUCUGCUGCCCAGCAGCGCCAUCGAGCCCACGGCUCGGGAUGCCUUCGAGAUCAUAAGCGGCAUGCUGGACUACAUUUGAGGCUCCGUUUUGGACAGGGGUUUCCAGGUCGGGAGCCCUAGGGACUCCGGUUGGGGGCUAUAUGUGAAAGAGUU